AUGAUUUAUGAUGCAGACGAGUUGGAUGACGUUCCUCCACCAGGCUCCUACGCCAUUCAUCCUCCAUCACACCGUCGAUUGGCAGAAGCAGCAAGUUUGAGUCUAUACAAUGAAGAUGGAGAAUUGGUCCGAUUUGGACGCUUGUUCGAAAAACAGAGAACUUUGGUCAUCUUCCUUCGUCAUUGGUUCUGCCCAUUCUGUCAAAUGUUUGCUCAAUCAAUUCAAAAAGUGGAUCCUCUACCAUUACAACGUGCAAAUUUGGGUUUGAUUGUCGUCGGACAAGGACAUUGGCAUGUCACAAAGAGUUACAAAGAAGUGAUGAAAAUUCCGCAAUUCGUACAAGUAUUCUCUGAUCCUACCAGAAAGAUUUAUUCCGCUUUGGGAAUGACUCUUCGAACCAAUGAUGCAGGUCCCGCAUGUUCUAGACCGGACUACCAAACGAUGGGAACAUUCAAAGCAAGUAUGGUUGCCAUUAAAAAGGGCGUUGUCGAUAUGCCAAUUCGUAUGCCAGGCGAUGUAAAGUUGUUGGGAGGAGAAUUCAUUCUUGGUCCAGGUCUCCAAUGUUCAUUCACUCAUCGAAUGGUUACUACGCGAGGACAUUUGGAUUUACCACGCAUUCUUGUGCAAGCAGGA